AUGUCUACGACAAUCCCCGACCGCUACAAGCUCAUCUUCUUCGUGCCACACUCGCACCUCGAACAGUGCAAAGAGGCCAUCUUCGCUACUGGAGCCGGUACCUUCCCCGGAGGCAAGUACAGCAAAUGCGCGUUCCAGAUGCCCGGGCUAGGACAGUUUCUGCCUGCUGGGGAUGCGAAUCCUGCCAUUGGAGAGGUCGGACAGUUGGAGACUGUCGAGGAAAUGAAGGUGGAGAUUAUGUGUCUGGGACGAUCGGUUAUGCUGCAGGCGGUCGAGGCGUUGAAGAAGGCGCAUCCGUAUGAGGAGGUGGCAUAUGAGGUUUAUAAGAUGGAGAAUGUUUGA